AUGGCGCCAUCAGUGACGGUUCCAGUUUCCAGUCCGGAUGAGGAGACAAUCUUUCCGUCAAAACUGGGACCCGAGUAUGUCGGAUUCGAUCAUAUAACAUGGUACGUGGGCAACGCAAGACAGGCUGCCUCGUACUAUAUCGCGCGCAUGGGAUUCAAGCAGAUCGCAUAUAGAGGGCCUGAGACAGGUUCCCGCAGCAUCGCUUCCUAUGUUGUCUCCAACGGCAAGGCGACUUUUGUCCUUACAUCGCCCGUUCGUGCAGCACCAGGUAUUGGCAAGGACAACGAUGUUCCCGAAGCGGAGAAGGGUCUGUUGAAGGAAAUCCAUGAGCACCUGACAGUCCAUGGCGACGGCGUCAAGGAUGUUGCCUUUCAAAUACACGGGGAUGUCGAAACUGUUUGGAAGAAGGCAGUCGACAAUGGUGCCGUUUCAAUCAGCUCUCCGACGACAAUGAAGGGCGAUGAACACGAUCACGGUCAGGUUGUCAUUGCAACGAUUGGCACAUACGGCGAUACAGUCCAUUCUCUUAUCAACCGUCAACGCUAUUCUGGGCCGUUCCUUCCCGGCUAUCGAGCCAUUACUGCUGACGAUCCGGUCAACAAAUAUCUUCCAAAGAUCGAACUCAUCGAAAUCGACCACUGUGUCGGUAAUCAGCCCUGGGCUGGGCUUGACAAAGCUGUGCAAUAUUACGAAGAGUGCCUCGAUUUCCACCGCUAUUGGACAGUGGAUGACAAGAAUAUGUGUACGGAAUAUUCCGCAAUGCGUUCGAUCGUCGUCGCAUCGCCCAAUGAAGUGAUCAAAAUGCCAAUGAAUGAGCCUGCUGAGGGAAAGAAGAAGUCACAGAUCGAAGAGUUCGUUGACUUCUAUAACGGCUCCGGAGUCCAGCACAUCGCCUUUCGUACACACGACAUUGUUACGGCCGUGACUCACCUCAGAGAGCGGGGUGUCUCCUUCCUUGACGUACCGGAAGUAUACUACGCCGACUUGCGCGAACGGUUAGCCAAGAAUGAUAUGAAGCUCAACGAAGACAUCGACAUCUUGCAGAAACUCAACAUCCUCGUCGACUUUGACGAGAAUGGGUACCUGCUUCAAAUCUUCGCCAAACACGUCGUGGACCGUCCCACGGUUUUCAUCGAGAUCAUCCAGCGCAAUAACUUUGACGGAUUUGGUGCUGGCAACUUCAAGAGUCUCUUCGAGGCUUUUGAGAGAGAUCAGGCUCUUCGAGGGAACCUCUAG